GUCUGAGGAGGGGGCGGGGCUUGCGUCUGAGUCCUGGCACCAGUCUGCUCCGCAAGCAGUGAAAGGUGGAGAGAUUUUCACCAUCACAGACUCUGACAGUCACACACACGCGAGUACACACACACACACACACACACACACACACACUCCGCGAAAGAAACGGGACACACGUCGAAGCGUAACAGGACUAUGGACCUGAGCCUGCGAGAUGCUCUGGGUGGAGGUGGAGGAGGGGUCCCAGGUGGGGCACCUGCCGAGGCCCUGCUGAAGAGAGACUUUGUGGCCACGCUGGAGAAAGAGAGCUACGAUGACAAGGUUGGAGAGACAGUCUCCAAGAGCGACUACCGACCCUUGCUGGAUGGAAAGGACGCCAAGAGCGGUCCAGGGAUGAUGUCAUCAAUGAUGUCAUCAGGGGGACGCCAAGACCCACAAGGACAGCCUGCCUUCAGCUCUGACUACCUGUCUGGUCCUAUGAUGGGGGGGAGGACAGAUCAGUGGAGCCUGAACAAGACAAAGGACAGCAGCAUGCCUGACUCAUUUCUAGGCUUCUCUCAGUCUGGGAUGGGAGGGACCAUGGGGUCCAGCCUGCCACCCUUCCAGACCAGUAUGAGCUCCGCUCUCGGCCAGACUGGGAUGGGGUCAGCUAUGGACACCCAGAAGAGUUCUGGCUUGUUUGGUGUGGAAAACAAAACCAGCAGUAACAGCGGUGGAAACAGUCCGUUUAAAACCAGCGAUCUGUUUUCUUCUGGUGGCCCGGGAAUCCACUCUACGGAUCAUUCCACAGCUCCCGUCCUCUCACCCAGCGGCUCAAUGGAUGACAGCAGUCCCACUUCCUCCAACUCCGAACCCCUCAGCCCCGAGAAAGUGGGGCUGGGGGGCGAGGCUGGCAAGCAACAGCAGAGACGGAAGAAGAAGAAGAGGAAGGGCCAUGACGGGGUCUACGACUUCUUGGAUAGCCAGGAGAAUAACAUCGGCAAAUCCGACGAGCAUGGGAUGCAUGAUAAAAGCGGAAGGGAGGUGGAGGACGAUGAGGACGAGGAGGAGAACUGGGAUUCAUGGGAGAUCAGAGAGAGUGGAGGAGGGGGUAGGGUGAAAGGCAAGAAGAAUAAGAGUCGGGCAAGACUUCCAGAGGAGUGGGGAGUACCCCAACAGCCCAUCUCUCCCAUGCUAGCUACAGUCACCCCUGCUGGUGCUAUGACUGCCAGCUCUAGUCCUUCUGACUCCAAAGCUGCAAACUCCAGCCCCAGUCCUGUUUUUCCCUCUGCCCCAGCACAAAUACCCACAAGUUUCACCAACCGUUCCCAUGCUAGCCUUGUAACAGAUUCAUCUCCACGCUCUUACGAGCCGAUGUGUGUAGACGAUUUCCCUACGCCUGCUAAAGAUGGUCAAAAAGUGAACGAAGAGAAAGUUUCAACCAGCAAACUCGAACCCAACAAUAGCUCAGUGGCCAAUGCUGGCAAGACUAGUGCAGCUGGGGAUGUUAGCGGUAGUUUGGCAUUGAUGACAGGGGACAAUCUGAGCCCAGUCUCCCAGACCUUCUCUUUCUUGGAUUCAGUCCUUCAGACCCCUCCAGGUUCCACUCCUGACUCACAGACCACCACCCCUAUCACCAACACCCCCUCCCUUGCUACCGCUCCCCUGACAAAGUCCACUCCGACAGACACCAUCAUCCCUGCUUCACAAGCCAAUUCUGUUUCCAACCCGUUCAAGAGCACUCCAGAUCUUCCUCCUACUUCCGCAUUGUCCACCAACCCAUCACCCUUUCCUGCCACAAUCACACACGCUCCAACAUUUGCUGUUGGAUCAGCCCUCAAUGUCGAUGCAAAGCCUUUUGUCCCCUCAGCCACACUCAUAGCCUCCACAGCCGGACCCAGCGCGACUGCAGCCCCUCCUGUGGUUAGUACAGCAGCAGCCUCCACAGGGACCGCUGCUCCUGCGUCCACUGCCACCUCAGCCACGCCCCUUAGUUCCUCACCUUCCCCCUGUAAGAAUGAAGCCACUCCCACAUCACCACCAGACACAGCCCCCAAAAAUGUUGCCACGCCCAUUAGCCCAGCAACGGCCACCCCCCCUCCCUCCAUCACCCCCGCAGCCCCUCCCUCUCUCCCUGCACAAUCAGAGCACCAGGAGUCCUCGUCGUCACAGCUCCCCCCACUGGAAGUGAAAUCUGACAACAAGGACAAGCAGGAGAAGACAGACAUGAUGUCCAGCAAGACCGACAAGGUCGAUGCCUUUGACAAGAAAGAGAAAGAGGAGCAGCAGAAGAAGGACAACGGUCCAGACAAGAACCAGAAGUCCGAGAAGAUUGUCAAAGAUGAUGAAAAGAUGGAGAAGAUGAACGCGGAGAAAAACAACAAGGCCAACGAGAAGGCGGAGAAGGUGGACAAGCCGGAGAAGACCAACAAAGACGAAAAGAAGGAAGAGGAAAAGAAGCCUGCUGAGAAGAAGGAGGAGAAGGGGGGGAAAGGGACAGCCAAGUCUCCAACAGGCAACGGUAGCAAGACUCUGCCAAGCCCUGACAGCAAGAGCAAGCCUGAUGUGGGUUCAGCUAAACCAAACUCAGCUAAAUCCCGCCCAUCCACCCUCUCCACCAAUGGCGAGGCCACCUCAGCCAAACGCCCCUCCCCCACCUCAGCCAAUAAAAAAAGCCCUGUACCCAAGGCGACCACACCCACUGCCGCCAAGCGGCCACCAGCAGCAACUGGCUCGGCCAAAGCUGCCAAGACUCCAGAAAAUGGGACGGCUGAGAAACGCCCAUCUGUGCCAAAGGCCACGCCCACUCCCCGUGCAGCUGCCAAUAAGAAUGGCUCUUCUGCGACUGCUGCAAGUAAAACUGCUGCGAACAAGAAUGACAAGACUGAUAACAAGAUGGGGGAGCCCAAGAAACCCAAGACUACAGCCCGUCCUCGCCCUGCCUCCACCACCACUCCUGCUACUCCGGCUGCCUCCACUAACGGUGAAGCCAGCUCCUCUCACCGCCGCCGGGUCAUCACCAAACCCCCUGUGCCCAAGCAGACCCCAAUGGAGAAGAAGCCGCCGGUGCCACGCGCUCCUCGUACCCCCCGGCCCAUCAACGCUCCAACACCUGACCUUAAGAAUGUCCGCUCCAAGAUCGGAUCCAUUGACAACAUCAAGUACCAGCCUGGUGGAGGAAAGGUCUCCUCCACCCAGAACAACAAGGCAUCAGACCCCUCCACCCCUGCCAGCAAGGCCAGAGUUCAGAUAGUGCACAAAAAGCUGGACUUCAGCCAUGUCACGUCUCGCUGUGGCUCCAAGGACAAUAUCAAACAUGUCCCUGGAGGUGGCAAUGUGCAGAUCCUCAAUAGAAAGGUUGAUUUGAGCAAGGUGACAUCCAAAUGUGGCUCCAAGGAUAACAUCAAACAUAAGCCAGGUGGAGGUGAUGUGAAGAUUGAGUCCCAUAAGCUCAACAUUAAAGCCAAGUCUAAGGUUGGAUCCAUGGACAAUGUGGGGCCAGGCAACGGACAGACCAAUGGUCACAAGGAGGAGAAAACAGAGGAGAAGACAUCUUCACCCCCGAGUGGCGCUCCGACAACAGGACCAGCAGGCGUUGCUAAGGCAACAGCACCAGGAGGUGUUGCUAAGGAGAAUGGGGUGAAGGAGACCACACCUACUCCGUUUGGGGGAGACGGACUGAGGGAGCCCCUUAGCAUAGACAAACGCAUCACUGAGACAAAUUGAGUCCCAGUGACCUGUAGAUUUUGGUGGGACACGCAUGGCGCUCGCCGACCUGCCAAUCGACCGACCAACCAACCUACCACGGCGCAGUCACUUCCCUCUGGCCCCGCCCUUCAUCUCGCCCACCGCAGCACCGAACUGACCGAUCACCUCUCAGUGUUUCUCUGGGGUCCGCCUGCCAGCUUCCUGCUACCAACCCUGACCUUCGACCUCUUGACGCCCUCGGGCUGACGUUUGGCCCUGCCUACCACAGAGAAGAGCACUUGCUGUUUGUCUGUGUUUCUCUGUGCGGGGUUCCACCAGCUUCUCGACUGAUAAAAUCCCCUCGUAAGCACUGAUUUAGAGGACUUCAACCUCAAGCUGCAAAUUUAACAACCCCAGCGCAAUAAAUCCACAACAGUAGUCAGUGCCGUAUGGAAGUAUACUGAGCAUAGCCAGUUUUUCAUAGAAUAUUUCCACACCAAUUACUGUUUUAACACGUGCCCCAAUAGCACAAACACCCUGCCUCAGAACUAUGUUCCUAAGGCUAAUCUAUGGUCCUUCUCACAAAGCACUUUUGAUGUUCCAAUCUUAUUUUCCCCAGCUCCACCCCCAUUCCGUGUCUGCUUAGGCCCAGACCACACUAACCAGAUGAGGGUCUGCUACCGGCCAACAGCAGGGCAAAUACGGUCAAGUCUGCUUUAAAUCAACACAUUCCAGCCUCCCAGCCAGCCAGCAAUUAUUUCCAAAUCUACAGUAUCUACAGCACUGCACGUUAUAGGUAAUUCUGCAGCUCACCCAUCAAACAAUAUCUCCCAUUACAUCACUCGGUAUCAUUGCACCAGUUUGUCUCCCCAAACUAUAUUACAUACAAUAAUUCUUCUUUAUCUCUGGGCUAUUUCUGUCAUGAUGCUCACAAUUAGCAGUGAUCGGUGCAGAGGACAAGGGCUUAUGUACAGUGGAGCAGAGGAGAUACAAUUGGAGAAGUUUGGAAAUAGAUCUAAAGAAUGAAAAUAGAUCUAAGGAUGGAGUUCAAAAUCAGUGCAGAGGCUUUCGGGACGUCAGACAAUUUCUGUGUUACGUUUCAAGAAAAGAAAAGAUGCAUCCAUUCAGAGUACUUACGAGGAAAUUUUGUGGGUAGAACAAAGCAGACGACUUUUACCACAAUUAGAAACAUCAUUUCAUGAUGUGAUUAGUGCAUGAUAAUCCUUAGGAGAGGCAGUGAUGAUGGAGCUCUGUUGCUUCUUUGGGUAGCCUUGGCUCAAAAAGGAUCUGGCACUGAGCACAGGUAUUUGAUCUUGAAGCCAAGUGUUUUUUUAAGUUAAGAUCACAGUAUCUGACCUUGAAAGAGUGAUUCUAAAUUCAAGCUGAAGGAGUGAUCUUGAACAGAAUUAUUUAAACUUUUCUGAUAACUGUUAAACCUUAAACUGCUAGCUGCUGCACAUUUUGGUCAAGCAACAUGAAGGCAUUAAUGCACAGUUUACCGUAUGUAGCACUUUUCUUAUUGCGGACAGCGUCAAGCACCGUGUCACAGGCUGCGGUGUAAAGACCCGGUCACACCAGCACUUUAAAUGGCAAGAUUUUACGGCAAAAUCAGUUUAUUGCGAUGGAAUCAAAGAACUGUGUUAAUAAACUGCUAGAAUCUGUGGUUUCGGUCACACAAGCAAAGUCAAACCGUGCAAAUGUUUUGCAUCAAGUUCAAGUUGAUGUGCUGUCCUUUGAGGGAUCAGAGAGCUGGAGAGUCCAAAAUGUAGGAAGCUAUUGUAGCUGGCUUAUUAGCUGUGUUACACCGACCACUUUUAUUUACACACUCUGUUGGAGUAUACGUUGCUCCAUGAAACAGGAAUGGUUUGCAGACAGUUAUGAGACAGGAGUCGUACAAAUGGUCUCUGAUUCAACUGUGUAAAUGCAUUCUCCCAGUAGCAAUGGUGCUAACAAGCUUAAUAUUCUUGCUAGCUCAGAGAGUUUUUUUCCCCCUCUUCAAUAAGAGAAUGAAAUACAGUCCUGAUAAGAAAAUGCCAUGAGGAAGUCAACGGUCCAGUACAGAGAAAGUAGGAAGAACCUCAGAGAACUGUUGUGGCUGACUAGCACUAGCAUGUUAGCUGACCAACUAGCCCUGCGAUUGGUCCCUAUGUCCCCAAGCUACUACUACUACAUGUUCGGAAAGACAAAGGAAUGAAUUUUACCAUGCCACUCUCUGGUGUGACCGGGACUUAAUUCACUACAACAAUAUUCUUUAUUCUUUAGCUGGAUGCCCAUUAGCUUCCACAAAGUGGUCGCUAGUCUUCCUAUGACACAAUACCUUGAGUACAUCAGGGUGUACACAGGUCUGUAGAGUAUGUUACCCACCUCUGGGGAUAUUGAGUGUGAUAGCACUACUUCAUUUUACUUCACUGUUCACAUUCUGAAGCUAACUCUUUGAUUUAGAUCAGCCCUGGUCACAUGAGACUUAGCACAAGUUCACAAACUACAAUGGGUGUUUGAGCACUGCAGCCCCAUUCAGUUUGGGUUGAUGGAAGUAUUAAAAAAUUACCCAAAAAAAGCACCUUAAGCGACAGACCUAUUUCAGUGACUUACAAACCUUUAACCUUUAACCUUUAUCUUUAAAUAAGCUCAUAUACUCAUAUGUCCGACCCUUCGCAUGACAUAAUAAUAAUUUGGGGGCAUCAAACCCUUUAGUCUUAAUUUCCUCAAUAACACUAUUGCUAUCACAGCACAUGCAACCCUGUCCUCCUGCACCAUAACUCUUUCCCACACUGUCUAAUCGCUUGAUCCCAGACCUCCCAUGUACCCCACAGUGCCGCCCACACACUGUAGACUCUCCUGUGAGGGACCCCAGCAGUCACCUUGAGCUGUGUCUAGCAUAUACAGUUCACAUGAGGCUAUCUGAGACAGACAGACAGACAGACAGACAGCGCCUUCCUUCUCUUGCGCAUGUGGCACUUCCUGGUCAUGUGGUUCACCCCAGUGGAGAGGGGGUGGGGCUAGAGAGCCACACCCUCUUUUAAGUCCUCCCACUAGCUGGUGUGUCUUAGAAUCCUGUCUGUGAGACCUGCUAACUUUUUUCACACACUUCCACAUAAGCACAGAUUUAUACAGGAAAGCACACACACGCUUGUUGGUGUGCAUGCACACACACAUACACACACACACACACACACACACACACAAAAACAGAAGUCAGCACAUAUACACACAUACAGUAUGGUACACACAAACACAAAUCAGCACCCUAAAAUAAAAACGGUAUGCUGUUCAUAGAAGCAUUUCUCUGUUCUAGAACGAAACCAACUCUUUAUUGUGUUUUGGUGGUCUACACUGAUAUUGUUAAAACAAUGAUGAGCUGUGUUAGUGUGUUGUUCCUAUCAUAGUCAUUGUUGGACAUUUUCAUCAUAGGCUCACUUCAUCCUCACUCUUUCUCGUCUAUUUCCUCUGCCCGUGUUUCACUCUUCACUCCAACUCUCUGACAGCAAUACAGGGUCUUAGUUGGGAACGCCUCCUGUUACCUGCGCAUACACAUGACGUACAGACAGAGAGAAAGGGAGAGAUGGUCAGAGACAGAGAACAACCACAGAGGUUAACAGGGAGUUGCAGGAGGAGCUGUUAAAGGGAAUAAUGUUACAUUCAUGGCAAGUCUGAAGAUGGCAAAUUCUUUGCAACUUUUUACUGAUUUAUUACUAGAGACUGCGUAGCAGAUUGAACUAAGAGCUACUAGUAAGCCACUUGACUUGGUGACAGGUUUCUAGUUAUCUAUUGUUAUAUAUUUUACUAAACAUCUGUAUUGUAAAUAGAUGGAAGCUAAAAGCUUUUUAAAUGCUUAUUUUGGUCAGCAUUUUCUUGUUCUUUGUUUUGUAUAGGAUAUCACUGGAUAUGCAAAAAAUAUAACAAAGUAAAGUUAAAAAAUGAUUUAAAUAUUAUUUUACUACACUGGACAGCAGGAACUGCCCAGCUCCAAAAUGCCAUGAAUGCAGCAAUAUUUCAGCAAAGCAGAACCAAGAGCGGCCUGGAAAUACUGUAGUUGGGGCCAGCAAGUGCUGUUUGAUGUUGUCUUUCAAGUGAACUAAUCUGCACAUGUAAAAUAGAAAUUCACAUUUUAAGUGAUUGAAACAUUAAAAUGGUCCUAGUAUACUCAGAAAAGGUUGAUGAGAAGUAAGUCUGAAGUUGUAGGGGAUAUUAUUCUUGCUCACUUUCCACAAUUAUUAAAUGUCUUUAAUGAUCUAGUAUGAAGAAAAGGGCAACUUUUUUCAGCCUGUUUGUAUUAUUUUAGGAAAUAACCUAAAUUCAGUUUUAAUUGAUUAAAACGACACUGUGAUGUGCUGUUGAGUAACAGACUAAACGCAUUGUCAUGUGUCAGUCGCACCAGUCAAACGAGUAGAAGCAGCCACCUUAAAGCAGACGGCCCUGUCUACUCACUGUCAGUCUAUGCAUUGGGCAGGCUGGAAUUGGUCUCCGCUGAAACAAUGAAGGAUUAGUGACGAGUUUGUGGGGUGUUGCCGUAGUUGUCAGAUGUGUGAAGUGUUACUACUCCAUCCAUCCUGUAGAGAGCGCUGCGUAGCCUCUGGAACACUGAUAGUCUGGCUCUGAGACUUAACAAAGGCUGACUGAGAAACCUUACAUCACCAGAAGCUUCAUUAGAGUUACAUACCAUUCUCAUUUAAACUAGCUUUGAUGGCCACACUAUAUUAUUGUGUCUGGAAUACUUAAUAUUAUCUAAAUCAUAUGAAUUAUGUACAGUUCCCCUUAAAACUCAAAAGUCUUGUGCACUCUGAACACAGUCUUGUUCAUUUAUUGAUGCACUGAAGUGAUAUAAAAGUUGCUUUACUGUAUAUUGGUAAAACAUUGUCUACUGUGUACUGUACAUGUGUGCUUUUGGAAGCAAAACAGUCUUGGUAGUUAGAUCAAGUUAUGAUAAUCAAAGAGCAAGUUAUCAAAUAGUCAACAAUAAAGACUAGACAAGUAAAAGCAACAUAUACGCAUAUUUGAUAUUGUACUGUUCCCUCCAAAUCAUUCCCAUGAGUUGCCUAAAAGCAAAAUAUGAUACCUGACAUAUGUGUGGAUCACAUGUGAAGACAAUAAUGUGAAUCUUUCUUCGGGAAUAGAAGAACAAAGGGAUGAAAGCACUUUGAUAGCUGUAGACAGUGGUUUGUGUAUAUAAAAUAGGAACCAGUUGUAGUCUUAAUGUGUGUUGGAAGCUCAGUGUAAGAGUAUGUCAGCUUAGAGGAUUUUAGUGGAACUUUGGUCAUCAGUGUUGUACUAUUGGCUAUGAUGGUUUAACACUCAACCCUCCAGUCUGCCCUCAUGUUGUUCCUGUCAACAUUCACUGGUUAUCACUGUCUGACCAAGCUACAAAGCCACGUUCCCCAAGUGGGUACGUUUCUGUUUAUGGUCAGUUAAAGGACCAUACUAAACCUUUAGGAGCCUUAUUUCAGAGGAUUAGCAUCAAAAGUACUGCUGGUAGAACGUGUUGUUAUGAAUGAAUUUCUCUCCUUUAGCAUACAGUAUGUUCAGUCAUUGUAAGUGACUUUUGUUAUCCUAAAACAAUGAGAACUUGUAGCAGUUCCAAUGCUGCACAGUUGAUUCAUUCAUGAGAAGCAGCCAAACCUGUAAAACCGAUAUAAGGCGAUGCACUUUGCAUUGCACAUACACUGGAAGCCAGUUAGCCAGACAGCUAACAAGUUUUCGAAAGGGACGUUGCUGGUGAUUUAUGAUCUUACAGUCUAUAAACUAGAAACUAAUUGCUGUUAAGGGUCAUAAUUUGUAUAACUUUGCGAGCAAAACUAUACAAAUAGUUUCUAGAUUAAGGUACAGAACAGAUCAAAUGCAGGUAUCAGUUGUCUGGAGAAGUUUCAAUACGGCUUAGUACUGGAUUAUUUUGGUCGAUACCAAAAUGUAUUAGAUAGGAUAAAUCACUAGGCCACCAGGGCGAUGCAAGAUGACGGUGAAUCAUCAGUAGCUGUGUAAGUGACUUUACAUUAAUUUGUCAUAAAUAACGAACAUACAUUUGAGGUCAUUUAGAAACUCUUUCAUAACCAAAUUUAAGGGAACAUAAAAAUGUUUAUGUUGUGUUAUCUACAAAAAUGCAAAUCAGCCAAAUGAAUACACAAUUGAAAUUUCUUUUAAGUCUAGUAUCUGCCAGACUAUACUUUCCAUGCUGUAUGCUAAAGCAAUAACACAUGGGGCUAUCCAAUAGAGGUAAAUUAUGGUUCCAAAGAUCAGUGGGCAACCUGAUCCAUUAAAGUUUCCACAGAAGUUAUGGUUAGGUUUCAGACUAGAUUUAUGCAUGUAGUACUCAGUAGUAACCAGUAUGGUUAUUUGUGAAAUAAAGUUAACGUGCAGCAUUGCAGCUUGGACAAAAGGUAAUAACCAGAUUCACUUUGAUAGCCGUCCACAAAUGUUUGAUUCCCCAGUUAUAGCGCUUGAAUACCACCCUUCCACUAGUAGCUCACGCUGUACCUUGUAUAUAGUUUCCACCAUGUUUUUAUCACUCCAGAAGUAACUCAAAUAAAUGAAAAUCAAACAAAAAAAGAAAAAAAAAUCUUACUUCUUAACAGGGUGUCGUGGAUGUUGACAGAUGAGCUUUCACGUUCAUAAACCUGUUACUGUUAAGGUCAAUAAUGGUAUUAUUAUAAGAUUGAAAGCAUAAGAAAGGAAAAGUGUACUUUUUCUUUUUUCAGAGUCUGCCUUUUUUCCUCCAAGAAAAGGGCUGCUGAAGUUUCAAGAAUGUUUUUAAAAUGUAUUAAAGAUGCAAGAUUAUGAAUACGUGUAUGAGGUUUGUCUCUGUUCUGUUUUGGAAGAUAGGUCACACAUGGAAACACUAUUUACUGGAUUCAAAUUGACGGGCAGGAAGGGGGGCAGUGUGUGUCGUGUUUAGUAUGGUCGGACUCAACAGAAAGCAAACCAGAAUCGCAGAAACCCAAAUACCACACUUAAGAAUUGGUUGGCAAACGGAAAGGAACAAUCCGAUCGGUUUCCACUUUGGUCUAAAAUGCACUACUGUACUUGUGACACCUGGCACACACUGGUCAGCCCUUUCUCCCGCCAUCCGCCACCCCCCCGUUAGACUAACCAGACUUAGUCUUUUGGCAUGUGGUAGAGAGUAAUGUUCUGUAUUAGACAGCUCCUAUAUAGACACCUUGACAUAUCUACCAACACAGGACUGAAUUAAGGGAAGUUUUGGACCAAAUUAUCUUCUCAGUGUCAGUAACAAGAGCUUAGAAUAACGGAACAAUUUGGACCAAUUUGCACUGUUAAAAAGCAUAGGAUAAAUUAGUGGACGCUGAGCUCAAACAUUGGACAGUAAGUUUGAACUCAGACUUUCUUCUAAGAGAGGUGGCUAAUUGCCUGAAUUGUGAAAACAAAGGGGGAAAGGGUAACUCCUGAAUAAAAGGGAGUGUUGGUAGAUAUGCACCUGGAGCCCCUAGCUGUGUCUCCCACCUACAGACGCGUAUCAGCAUCACAGCACUGAAAAGUAGCUUUCUCUUCUUGUGUCCUCCACCACAUAUACAGCAACUACCAGACGGUAGUGCAGUAAAACCAAUAUUUAAAACUGUUUAUCAAGGAGAGCACAGAGUAAGGACAAUAAAAUAUGUAUUGAUUGUAUUUAUUAGGCUGGCUUUGUUCAUAGGAUUCAAGUUUUUUGAAUAUACCUACUUAUACCUAUACUUUAGGCUGCAUGUCCAAAUUGUCAUUACAAACAGAGGUCACAGGCAAAAAGAAUCUGCUUUUCAGUACUGUGGAGUGGAUCCACUGUAGCGUGUGCUGUAUUAUUCUGUAGGGCACAACACCAUAGCAAGAGCAUGCAGAAGACAACAAACAAACUGCUGGUUGUUAGAGGCAUCUGUCCUAUUAGGUAGAGCUCAUCUCCCCCUUCAAUUCUGAAUAUUUGGUAUGAAAGAGAUGUUUAUUGUGAUUAAUUGUUAACCAGUGAUGUGAAUAUUAAUCAUGAAAUAAAAAGAUGAGCAAAAUA